AAAACACAAUCAUUCGUGGAAUGGAAAACGAAAACACAAUCAGUCAGACUUCCUCCUUGUAAAAACAGCUGAACAUUAACUAAUGUUCAAACCACUUCUGCUUUCACUUCAAGUGUGAGAGACGAGGAAACGACUGAGCUGAUUCUCUGUCCUCUCUGUGUUUCACUGGACGGUCAGAAUGUCUCGUCUUUCCUCUCUGGUCGUGGUCGUCCUGCUCUCCUGUGGGACGUGGCGCCCGGCUGCAGCUGAUGUUGGUGAUUUUGCUCCUUGCCUGCAGUUCUUCUACAGGUCGUGGCCUCCUAAAGGUCUGCUGGGGACCCCGAUCUGCCAGCGCUUCCUCAACCAGUAUCGCUUUGCCACUUUGUACAGCCGAGCGCGCCGCUCCCCGUGGUUCUCCGGCUAUUUGUACACCCUGCCGGCGGGAAAGAGGCCCUCAGCUUCCUGGAAGUUUGAGCCACAGUUAGCGUACCCAGGAGCCGACGGCAACAUGAUCCCCUUCCCCCCCGGCCCCGUGGACCAGAACGUGGUGGAAAGCCAGGCGGUGGAGCACGACUACAUCAACUCCACCUACUCCCGGGGCCACAUGGACCCCAGCCUUCACCACAGGAGCCACGACGACCGCUUGGCCACCUUCACCCUCACUAACGUGGUUCCUCAGAAGGCCGGCUCUAACGACGGCCCCUGGCAGCUCCUGGAGCAGACCGUCAACAAAACCCUGGCGGCCUACUGCCUUGGAGACGCGCACAUCGUGACCGGCGUCAUCCCCUAUCAGAGCGAGGAGCACUGGCUCAACAAUCAUCGUGUGGCUGUGCCGGAGUAUAUGUGGUCAGCCUACUGCUGCCCAAAGUACAACAACAGUCUUCCAGAGAAGCUGAAGGACACCUUUCCCACAUAUGCUGCCAUCGGCCGCAACGACCCCAACAGCACCGAGGAGGUCGUGCCCAUUAACCCGGCGACUAAGAAACAGUUCAGAGGUUAUGACGUGAGGAGGAUGCCGCUGGAAACACUGGAGCUGUAUCUGAAGGAGCGGUUCGCUGCGGUCGUCAGUGUUUUCUAUGAGCAGUGCUCUGGAUCGGACUAAUUUCAAUCAGGUCUAAAUGAUUUUACUCUCUUUUAGUGUUUUUUCUUUUGAAACUGCAUCUAAAAGGAAAAUGAGUAAAAAGAAUCCAACAUUGAGUUUAACACAUUGUUACAGGUUACAGGACACAACACAAUGUAAAGCAACAUGGUUAUUUAUAGAAAACAGGAUGUGAACUUCAUGAAACUUUAUUCUUGACAGACAAAAGUCACAUGGAGUCGCUGACACAUAUAAAUAUAGGCUUAAGAAUCUUUAUGCUAAGCUAACCUUACUGAGUUCUGUCCACUUAUCUUAGUUUAGCAUGAAACAGGGGGAGACUUUCAGCUCUGAAUCAAAGGCAUUCCCCUUUGCAUCCAGGCUUUAUGCUAAGCUAAGCUAACUGGCUGCUGGUUGUAGCCUUUAAUUUAACAAGCAGAUAUAUGAGUUGUUUUUUUAAAAUAAAUAUCAAACUUUAUUGCUGAGCUGCUGUGGACACCGACCACUUAGACAUAGACAAACUAAUGCUGCACCCAACACUUCCGACCAGCAGAUGGCGCCCUUGUGCUCUACAUGCAGCACAUGAGUCUGAACUCGCUGCAACUUGAAGGAAUAGAACUUUAUUAAGUUUCUCCUGCACAGAAUCCGUCAGUUGUUCAAACUAACUUAUGGAGCAAGCUAGUUCCGCCAAUCAUGUGACGUACAUCAUGUGACCUCACUCUCCCCAACCAUCUAUAAUACACACCCAACUUAUCAGGUGGUCUAUUUAAGCAGAGAGACAUUUCCCAUCAUCCCCUUUGCUCUCACUGCUGCUUCAGUAUUACUACCAGUUGCUUCAGCCCCUCCACCCCCCCCAGCCUCCACCUGUAGGCUCCGACGGAGGGGGGGGGGGUACAAGUAUUUGCUCAUCACUCCCAUCAUACCUGUGUAAUCAUGUGGAUUAAGUUGGAGUCUAGACGUCAAACACUAAACCUGUUCUACUACUGCAAUAAAUGUGUGAACGUGA